AUGGUGAAGAAGACCAAAGUCGCCGCAGUCCAGGCCGAGCCCGCUUGGCUCGAUCUCCAAGGCGGAGUCAAGAAGGUCACCAGUCUCAUCGCUGAUGCCGCGGCGGAGGGUGCCGACAUCCUCGGUUUCCCCGAGGUUUUCAUCCCCGGAUACCCGUGGUUCAUCUUCACUCGCUCCGUCGGCGAAAACAAACCCGAUAUCAAAAAGUACAUCGCAAACUCCCUCGCCAUCGACUCUGACGAGAUGCGUACCAUCCUCGCUGCUGUCAAGGAAGCCGGGAUCUACGUCGUUCUCGGAUUCUCCGAGCGCGACAAGGGCUCCCUCUACAUGGCCCAGGUCUUCAUCGACCCCACCGGCACCAUCAUCCACCACCGCCGCAAGCUCAAGCCAACCCACGUCGAACGCUCCAUGUGGGGCGACGGCCAAGCCGACUCCCUCAAAACCACCAUCCCAACCCCCUUCGGCAACCUCUCCGCCCUCAACUGCUGGGAACACCUCCAACCCCUCCUCCGUUACCACACAUACUCCCAAAACACCCAAAUCCACGUCGCGGCAUGGCCACCCAUGUUUUUCUGGAAGGAAGGCGGGGUUUUGAGUUAUCAUGAGACGCAGGAGGCGAAUUAUGUCGCGAGUCAGUUUUUCGCGAUUGAGGGGCAGGCGUUCGUGUUGUUGGCCAGCCAAGUUGUUAGUGUGGACGGGGCGAAGACGUUGGGGAUUGAUCAUGUUGAGCAGAUGCAGGUUCCGGGUGGUGGGUUCAGUAUGAUCUUUGGGCCGGAUGGGAGGCCGAUGGUGCAGAGGCUUCCUGCUGGACAGGAGGGGCUUGUCUGUGCUGAAAUCGACUUGACUGAUAUUGAUAGCGCGAAGAACAUGGCCGACCCUUGUGGGCACUACUCGCGUCCUGACUUGCUCAGCUUGUUGGUCAAGGGCAAAAAGAGCGAGUGCGUUGUGUACAAGGAGUAG